AUGCUUCUUGUCCUAGACGUGGUUUCGUGCAUUUACAUCAACUUAUAUUGCCUUCGCUGUCAAGGAAAGGGAAUUGAUCCUGUUAAAUUUUUCAGUACAAUAGGUCUCUCUUUCCACACCAAGUUUUUUCAUCCAAACAUUGAUAGUAAUGGGAGCAUCUGCCUGGACAUCCUCAAGGAACAGUGGAGUCCUGCCCUGACCAUAUCCAAGGUUCUCUUAUCAAUCUGCUCACUUCUAACGGACCCAGACCCGGAUGAUCCGUUGGUGCCUGAGAUCGCACACAUGUACAAGACUGACAGAGCGAAAUAUGAGUCCACUGCUCGCUCCUGGACUCAGAAGUAUGCCAUGGGGUAGAGAGAAAGAAGGCCUGAACUAUGGCUUCUAUUUUUAAUUUAUUAUGAAUGCAUAUAUAAUUUUGUCUAGUGUUUUUUUCUGUUAGAUGGUAUCAACUAUAUAUAUAUUAUUAUGGUGACUAAAAACUGGUAAUUAUGUUGUGGCUUUUGUUUGCAAUGUCUCUGAAAAUAACCUUCUGGCUGCAUCAGACUUUUUGCAGUUUAAUUUGUCC